UAUCCUUUGCUACAAAACCCCAAUUGUGCACCCAUUAUAUCAUUCCAAUCCAAUUCUAUUCUCUCUAUCAAGCCUACUUGGUUCGAUCUAAAUUCCGGGCAACUUUUAUUCUUCGAGGAUAACUAGAAGAGGAAUUAGAUAUAAAAGAAAAUGAGAGAAAUUCUUCAUAUUCAAGCAGGGCAGUGUGGAAACCAGAUUGGUGGCAAAUUUUGGGAGGUGGUUUGUGACGAGCAUGGUAUUGAUGCCCUCGGGAACUAUGUUGGCACCUCGAGGGUUCAGCUCGAGAGAGUCAAUGUUUACUACAAUGAGGCUAGUGGAGGGAGAUAUGUCCCACGGGCAGUGCUGAUGGAUCUGGAACCGGGGACUAUGGACAGCCUACGGACUGGACCAUAUGGGAAAAUAUUUCGGCCUGAUAACUUUGUGUUUGGACAAAAUGGUGCGGGAAACAAUUGGGCGAAGGGGCAUUACACUGAAGGAGCUGAAUUGAUCGACUCUGUGCUCGACGUUGUUCGUAAGGAAGCAGAGAACUGUGACUGCCUACAAGGAUUCCAAGUGUGCCAUUCACUUGGCGGAGGCACGGGAUCAGGAAUGGGAACUCUGCUGAUCUCCAAGAUCAGAGAAGAGUAUCCCGACAGGAUGAUGAUGACAUUCUCUGUUUUCCCCUCACCUAAGGUCUCGGACACUGUUGUUGAACCUUACAACGCUACCCUCUCAGUCCACCAAUUAGUGGAAAACGCAGACGAAUGUAUGGUCCUAGACAAUGAAGCCCUCUACGACAUAUGUUUCCGGACGCUCAAGCUCACAAACCCUAGCUUUGGCGAUCUGAAUCAUCUAAUAUCAACAACAAUGAGUGGAGUUACAUGUUGCCUCCGCUUCCCAGGCCAGCUGAACUCUGAUCUCCGCAAACUCGCCGUGAAUCUCAUCCCAUUCCCGCGGCUUCACUUCUUCAUGGUAGGAUUCGCGCCACUGACCUCUCGCGGCUCCCAACAGUACCGCGCCUUGACAAUCCCUGAGCUAACGCAACAAAUGUGGGACGCCAAAAACAUGAUGUGCGCCGCCGACCCCCGCCACGGCCGCUACCUGACCGCCUCCGCCAUGUUCCGCGGCAAGAUGAGCACUAAGGAAGUGGACGAACAAAUGAUCAACGUGCAGAACAAAAACUCGUCCUACUUCGUCGAGUGGAUCCCAAACAACGUGAAAUCGAGCGUCUGCGACAUCCCCCCGACGGGACUGUCAAUGUCCUCCACAUUUGUCGGGAACUCAACCUCCAUCCAGGAGAUGUUCCGUCGGGUUUCAGAGCAGUUCACCGUCAUGUUCCGGAGGAAAGCUUUCCUGCAUUGGUACACCGGCGAAGGAAUGGACGAGAUGGAAUUCACAGAAGCGGAGAGCAACAUGAACGAUCUGGUUUCCGAAUAUCAGCAGUAUCAAGACGCCAAUGCGGAAAAUGACCAGGAAUAUGAUGAAGAUGAGGAGGAAGAGGAAGAGCAGAAUUAAUGGGCUUGAUUUCUAGGGUUUCUGCAAUUUGGGGAUUUGAUUCUGUUGACCUCUUCAAAAUUUACGCUGUGCUGUAAUAUCGGAAUAAUGUCUGUGAAUUGUGGACCGGUGAUUUCCAAUUUCUGUAAAAAAAAAAAUAUUGUGCUGCUUAUUAUCCAUUAUUCAUUAUUUCUA